CGAAAAACGUUUGGCAACCAAGAAAAUAGAUAAACGGCAUUACUAUAUUUUUCUUGCUUAGUGAUCGUUCUCCAUAAAAAUUUCUGCACCUAAUCAUCAAGAGUCCAAAUCCUCCGGUCCUUUGGUUUCCCGGAGAAAUGGAAAAUCAGAGCAAAAACGGCGUCGAUGCCACGAAAAUCUCAGUCCUCAAUUGUAUCGAUCUCUCCAAUCCUGACAUUCACCAGUCUGUGUCGUUGCUCAAACAGGCGUGUUUGGAUUCUGGAUUUUUUUACGUUGUAAACCACGGGAUAAGCGAGGAGUUCAUGGACGAGGUUUUUGCACAUAGCAGAAGGUUGUUCGGUCUGCCAUUAAGCGAUAAAAUGAAGCUUUUAAGGAACGAGAAACAUAGGGGCUACACCCCUGUUCUUGACGAGGUUUUGGACCCUGAAAACCAAGUUCACGGAGAUUACAAGGAGGGAUAUUAUAUAGGAGUUGAAGUAGAAGAAGAUGACCCAGAAGCGGAAAAACCAUUUUAUGGGCCAAAUGUUUGGCCUGCACCAGGAGUAUUGCCCGGAUGGAGGGAGACAAUGGAGAAGUUUCAUCGAGAGGCUUUAGAGGUUUCAAGAGCAGUUGCAAGGUUAAUAGCUCUCGCACUUGAUCUGGAGGUUGAUUUCUUUGACCACCCAAAAAUGCUUGGCGAGCCUAUUGCAACCUUGCGCUUACUGCACUAUGAAGAUAAAAUUUCUGAUCCCUCAAAGGGAUUAUAUGGAGCUGGAGCUCAUUCUGACUUUGGUUUAAUCACCCUUUUGGCAACAGAUGAUGUCUUAGGUCUCCAAAUAUGCAAGGAUAAGGAUGCUAAACCUCAGAUAUGGGAAUACGUAUCACCAUUAAAAGGAGCGUUUAUAGUGAAUCUCGGUGACAUGCUGGAGCGCUGGAGCAAUUGCAUUUUCAAGUCCACAUUGCACAGAGUUUUGGUGAAUGGUCAAGAGCGAUAUUCUAUUGCAUAUUUCGUGGAACCCAGUCAUGAUUGUCUUGUUGAGUGCUUGCGAACCUGCAAGUCAGAAAAUAAUCCUCCCAAGUUUACUCCAGUCUUAUGUCGGACUUACCUGAGCCAACGCUAUCAGGAUACACAUGCUGAUGUGAGUAUAUACAAGCAGCCUCAAUCUUAAAUUUUGCCACAGAAUAUGCAUUGUGGGAUCUGCAAACCAAGUUAAAAAUAUGAUAACCAGUAGAGGUCAUUUUUUCUUAUACAAAUCUGCAAUAGUAUACGACUAAGCGGUUCGCAUGGUGUAAUCGGUCUUAUUACACGUUCCUUUAGGUAAAGAUCAUAUGGUGGGUUGGCUAUAUCUCCAUAUAAGAGAUAUGAAUGUAUUACCAAUGUAUUUAAUGAAGUUUUAUUUCUUUUGCUAA